AUAGUAUGACUGUCGAUAAGCUACUGGCACACGUGAUCAACUUCAUCAUUAAGUUGCCACAUUUGAAAAAUAUCACGAAACGUUUUCUAUGUAAAAUCUUGAUGUUAUGUAAUAUAUAUACUGCAAAAAAAUAGCCGAAGCAAUAAUUCUAUUCCAAAAUUAUAUUAGUAAAUGAAUAAAAAAACCUGUUGCCAUAAUUUCUGUACAUUUAUUAAUUUUUUUACUGGAUGACUUCCCGUAGUCUCGAUUUCUCGUUUGCUCCGCGCUUGUUGCUAAAGUUAGUGGCCGCUCAUGUAGAAUAUUACGUGAACUAAAGGCGUAAUUAGGCGUCUAUUGAAAAAUUAAUUUCUCACUCUUGAAUGAGAUAGGCUAGGGGUUUUGCUAACAGUAGCCUACCAGAGUACCGGUAGCUUUCAAGAAUUCUACCCUAUUGAAUUUGUGUAUAGUUUACGGUAUUCUGGUAUUCCUGUAUUUGAGUCCAAUACAUUAGCUUCGAUAAAUCAUUAUCUAUCUACCGGUACCAGUCCCGGUCAUACAAUUUCAUGAUUUUUUUCUCAAUUCUAUGAUUUCAAAUCUGAAAAGUCUAGGAAUUUGAAUAUAAAAUUUUCUAAAUUAACUCGACAAAACAUCAAAAUGAGAGGUCGAGGAGGACGUGGACGGGGUGGAAUGCAUCGUGGAACAAACAGAGUGUUUGUGCCUCACAUUCCAUUUGAUUUUGUGAUGUGUGAACAAGCUUUCCCAAGAGUGAAGCCAGCACCUGACGACGAAGCUUUUACCCAGGAUAAAGUCUCAGUGGGGAUUGCAAUUCUUCCAGGAAACAUGAGAAAGCUGGAUUCCUCAACACAUAUGAGUCACAAAAUACUGCAAUCAUCUCUCGCUGCUAUUCGUCAUGUCAGAUGGUUCGAGGAAGAUGCUUUUCAUUCAAGCCAAAUGUUGAUUCAUCUCCUGAAAGAUCUCCGAUCGAGAUUUCGCGGGCUUGAGCCUUUGACAAUGUGGAUAAUAGACUUGCUAGCUCACCAUGCGAUCAUGAAUACGCCAAGCAGGCAACCUUUGCCUAUCAAUGCAGCUUUCAGGUGAUGUCUUCAACUUCUCUCUUCUGGUUUCUUCCUUCCUGGUUCAGCAGGAAUCGUUGACCCAUGUGAAAGUGGAAAUGUCGGAGUUCAUAUAGUAAUGAAUUUGGAACAACAAGAUAUGGUAUGUUACACUGCCCAGACUCUGCUCAGAGUUUUAGCUCACGGAGGUUUUUGAGCAAUUUUCGGACUGGAAGGAGAAACAACGAUCACGACUGCGAUGUCUGUGUGGGAUGGAGUUGUAGUGACACCUAGUGAUAGAGCGUAUGAGAAAGCGCCGGAGAAAGACGCAGAUUCUGAAGCGAUGGAUACAUCACAAACAUCGUAAAUGCUGGAUUUCAAAAUGGGAGCUAGAGAUUUGGAAAUAUUUUCUGGAAAUAGUCUUAUUUUUUUGAAAAUGGGAUUUUGAAGCAAAUUUUCUGAUUUAUUUUCUCAAUUUUGAUUGGUUCAAGUUAGAAGGCUGGGCAGCAACCUAGCUAACCUAAACAGAAUUAAAGAUACAAAUCUUCAAAUAUUUUUCUAUUCAGGAAAAUUCUGAUUUCGUACAAUUUGUGUGAAAUAGUGUCUUUGUAUACAAUUGGACAUUAUUAUAAUUGACUGGCCAUUUUUCCAAUAUCUGAUGAUUUCAGAAUCUAAAAUUGAAUAUUUUUUUUAAUCGAAUCUCGAACACUUGGACAAUAUAUAGCUUUGACUGUUUUAUUGUAAUGGGACCUCCAGACACACACUCUAUCACUCGGACAGUUUGCUGAGUGUUAACACACAAUAAGAAACAUGUGUCAUAUUACUGGGAAGAAAAGAGUCACAUGUCAGAAUUGUAUUUUAAUAAUUUGUUAUGAAUUUGUCCUUUGGACGGACAAAAAAACAAUAUGGCGGCGGUCAAAAAUUCCUGUCUAAGUCGCUUAUUUCUCAUAUUUAAUCCGAACUGUUAGUCCCCUGGCCUAGUCGACGUUCUGGUGAAUAGGCAUUGAUAUGAAUAUAAUAAUCAUGCCUGCCUAUUUCAAAUAAAAAUAGUAUUGUCUGGUUUUGAGACUCCUGUCCUGGGGAAAACUAUUAUAUUUUAAUUUACUGCAAACCACUUCUUCAUGUCUUGAUGGC